UUAAAGGAAGCUAUUAUAUUUAGAGAUUUUUUUGUGUGUGUCUCAGCUCUAGAUACCAACAAUGUGACUGUGAAGAAACAAGUGUUCGAACUGCUCUCCGCCCUCUGUGUGUACAGUCAGGAAGGAUAUCAUCGUUGCUUGGAAACGUUACAACAUUACAAGGAGCAGAAAAAUGAAAGGUACAGGUUCAAGUUGAUUGUUGAAGAACUGAAGAAUGCCAAAAAUGUGGAAUACCAGACGGCGCUGUUGGCGUUUGUAAACUGCGUGAUCAUCUCUGCUCCUUCUACGAAGAAGCGAAUCCGAAUAAGAAAUGAAUUUAUUGGUUUGAAACUUUUAGAAGCCAUCAGCCAAUUAAGGAGAGAAUGUUCAGAGAGUGGAGCCGAGUCAGACCUGAUGGUUCAGCUGGACGUAUUUGAUGAACAAAGGUACACGGAUGAAGGCCAGCUGACUGGACCAGAUGGAGUAGACCUCAACUCACACCUGGACGUUUUUUAUGCCAUCUUGAGACAGGUGAAAAAAAAAACCAAAAAUAAAGGAAAAAAAUACUUUCAAAUUCUUGUUUGAAGUGAAACAUAAAACACAGUUUAGCAAACUGACCAAGACACGAAACAUAAAACAUAGUUACGUUUAACAAACUGACCAAGACACGAAACAUAAAACAUAGUUACGUUUAACAAACUGACCAAGACACGAAACAUAAAACAU